UUCAACAACUGCUUUUUGCUCUCUUGUGAUCUAACCUAUCUUUCAGUGUUUUCUUUCUCUCACAAAGAAGAAAUGGCUGAAGCAAUCCUGUAUGGCAUUGCGCAGACGAUCAUUGAAAAUUUGGGCUCUAUGGCUUUCGCAGAGAUUGGAUCCGUGUGGGGUGUCAAAGAUGAGUUCGAAAAAUUGAAGGAUACUGUUUCCGCUGUUCAAGCUGUACUUCUGGAUGCUGAGGAGCAGCAGGGCAAAAGCCAUCGAGUCAAGCACUGGAUCAUGAAGCUUAGAGAUGCAGUCUAUGAUGCGGAUGACUUGCUGACCGAAUUCUACACUGAAGAUAUGCGUCAAAGGGUGAUGGGUGGUGAUCAAAUGGCAAAGAGGGUACGUACUUCUUUUACUACUUUCUUUUCGAGUUCAAACCAACUUGCUUUUCGUCAUGAUAUGGCUAAAAAAAUAACAUCGGUGAGGGAGAGAUUUGAUGCAAUAGCAAAUGAUAUGAAUAAGUUCCAGUUUAUAGUACAUCCUUUACAAACCGGGGUUUUGACUAGGGAGAGGGAGCAAACUUACUCUUUUGUAUGUGAAGAAGAAGUUAUUGGGAGAGAAGAGGAUAAGAAAGCCAUUAUGGAUCUAUUAUUCGACUAUGAUGUGCAAGAGAAUGUUUCGUUUAUAUCCAUAGUGGGGAUUGGAGGGCUGGGGAAGACUACACUUGCUCAAUAUGUAUACAAUGAUGAGAAAGUGAAUAAUUAUUUUGAGCUGCACAUGUGGGUGUGUGUCUCUGAUGUCUUUGACGUACAAAAAAUUGCUGAAAAGAUAAUUAAAUGUGCAAUUGGUUUGAAACUUGAAAACCUUGAAAUGGAGCAAGCACAAAAUGAACUUCGUAAAACACUCAACCAAAAAAAGUACUUACUUGUGUUGGAUGAUGUGUGGAAUGAGGAUGAAGAAAAGUGGUAUAAUUUGAAAAGACUUUUGAUGGGUGGCUCAAAGGGAAGUAAGGUGGUGAUAACUACACGGACUAAAUUGGUUGCAGAGAUUACUAGCACCAUCUCACCGUAUUAUCUACAAGGCCUCUCGAAAAACCAAUCUUGGUCUUUAUUUAAGCAAAUGGCAUUUAGAAAAAGGCAAGAGAUGAUUAAUCCUAAUCUUGAAGCAAUUGGAAUGGAUAUUGUACACAAAUGUUGUGGAGUGCCUCUUGCUAUUAAGGCAAUAGGGAGAAUACUAUACUUCAAAAAGACAGAGGAUGAAUGGUUAUAUAUCAAGAAUAAAGAACUUACAAAUGUAACUCAAGAAGAAAAUAAUAGUAGCAUUUUAUCAAUUCUAAAAUUGAGUUAUGAUCAUCUCCCAUCACAUUUAAAGUGUUGUUUCGCAUAUUGUUCAUUGUUUCCUAAAGAUCAUGAGAUUUCAAAGUUGACAUUGAUAAAUCUAUGGAUAGCACAAGGAUUUAUAUCAUCAUCAAAUGAAAAGCUACAUAUGGAGGAUGUUGCUAAUGAGUACUGUAUGGACCUACUUUGGAGGUCCUUCUUCCAAGAAGCUAGGGAAGAUAGUUUUGGGAAUACAAUUAGUUUUAAAAUGCAUGAUCUAAUCCAUGAUCUUGCUCAAUCAAUCUCAAGAGUUGAGUGCACAUAUAUUGAUUCAAAUAUAGAAAAUGUCAAUGAAAAUGUUUGCCACUUAUCAGUUGCAUCUGUUGGUGUGCUUGAGAAGGAUUUAAGCUAG